CCCUUCUGCGCCGGCGCGCCGCGCAGUCCCGCCCCUCCUUCCUGCGGCGCUCUAGGGACCAUGGCCGAUCCUCGCGUGAGGCAGAUCAAGAUCAAGACAGGCGUGGUGAAGCGGUUGGUCAAAGAAAAAGUGAUGUAUGAGAAAGAAGCAAAGCAGCAAGAAGAAAAGAUAGAGAAGAUGAAGGCUGAGGACGGUGAAAACUACGCCAUUAAGAAGCAGGCAGAAAUCCUGCAAGAGUCCCGGAUGAUGAUCCCAGAUUGCCAGCGCCGGUUAGAGGCUGCAUAUACCGAUCUUCAGCAGAUAUUAGAAAGUGAAAAAGACUUGGAAGAAGCCGAGGAGUAUAAAGAAGCACGUGUAGUUCUGGAUUCAGUGAAGUUAGAAGCCUGAAGUUUUGCUGUACAGGGUGUUUUUUGCAUUAAAUCCUGGGGUCCACUCUACAAUUCGUUAUUUUUGGCCACUGCUGUGUUUAGUAAUAUGAAAAUGUGGUUCUUUUUAUGCAGUUGCAUAUAUUUUUCUUUGCAUAACUUAAUGUGUCAAAUAAAUGAGUUCAUCUAAUAAAA